AUGAUGACAGCGCGAGGCGCCAUGCAGAUUUUCUUCUCGAAAGUCCGUAAGGGCGCACCGAAUUAUCCGAGGGGCUGUCGGAACCGUCAAACCUGCCUGGAAUUGGAACGUUACCUGCAGACCGAGCCCAAGCGCCUCUCAGAGCUGUUCGACCAAGACCUGGAUGGGCUGCUCACCCCGGCCUACGCGAAGGAGGACGGGGAGGAAGAGCUCUCCGACUCGCUGCUCCCCGGGCUGCCGGGCCUCGCCGAACCUCCGAGCCCACCCCCGGUUAUCCUGUGCCCCACGCGGAAGAGCUCGCCCUCUUCCGGGGCAAUGACGAGAGACCUAAAACCCAAAGGACCAGAAAACGGAGAGGGGGCGGAAGGGGUCCAUCAAGCCCAACUGAGUGCCGUCACCUCCCUGACUCCCCCGUCAUCGCCAGAACUGGGGCGGCACCUGGUCAAAUCGAACCAGACUCUCACAGCCUCGGCCGACGGAACUCUCACCCUGAAGCUGGUUGCCAGGAAAGUGGGGCUCAGCGCGGCCCGUCUAGUGGCCGGCCACGCGCUCCCCGUCCGGAUGAAGGACGAGGAGGAAGGGGCGGCGUGCACGAUCGGGGUCGGAGAGCUACCGGAAAACAAGAAAAGGAUCCACCGCUGCCAGUUCAAUGGCUGCCGAAAGGUGUACACCAAGAGCUCCCACCUGAAGGCCCAUCAGAGGACGCACACAGGUGAGAAGCCGUACAAGUGCUCGUGGGAGGGCUGCGAGUGGCGAUUCGCCAGGAGCGACGAGCUGACGAGGCACUACCGCAAACACACCGGCGCCAAGCCUUUUAAGUGCAACCACUGUGACAGGUCUGUCAAAACACACUCCCCCCCCUCUCCUCUCCCUUCCCUCUGA